CAGUAUUUGACAGACUAGCAAAAUGUCGAAUAAAUAGAAAAUACACGUGCGGUUAAAUUAAACACACGGUUAUUAUAAUAAGGAAAUAUAAGUCUAUAUUACAAUUCAUUAACUUAUUUGUUAGUCUACGUUAUUUUUUUAUUACUUGCAUCGCAUGCAAUAAUAAUCCUCAGCAUCUCCGCAAAUUACCACUAAUUUCAUAACCUCGUGUGUUGUUGGUGUAAUCCGUUAAAAAAAUGCAGAAAGUUAAAAGAAAAUCCAAUGAAGAUGGUGUUAGCCCAACAAAGAAGAAGAAGGUAAACUUUGAAAACACUGACAGCAAACCUGCGCAAGGCGAGAAUGGAAAGAACAAUAAGUUCAAGAAGGAUUUUAAGAAGGAUGGAGCAAAAGGCCCCAAUAAGUUUGGAAAGCCAAAAUUUGACAAAGACGGCAAAGGAAAGCCUAAUUUUGUUAAAGGUGGUAAAGGUAAGCCUAAUUUCAACAAAGAUGGUAAAGGUAAGCCUAAUUUCUCUAAAGAUGGUAAGGGAAAGCCUAAUUUUUCAAAAGACCAAGCUAAUGGAGAAAAACCGAAAUGGUCAGAAAUGAAGAAAGAGAAGAAGGAAUUGAGGCUCGUGAGGCGCAAGGCUAAGGCCACUGCUGAAGUGUUUGAAGUGUCACACAAGGCUAAGCUGUUGGCUGCACAGAUUCAAAGAAAAGUAGUAAAGCAAGAUUUCAGAAUGAACUCUUGCAAGGAGCUGCACUGUUUACUUAAAGGGCAUUACAAAUCCAUAGCCCUCACACAUGAUUUAAGCCGAGUCAUACAAGUACUACUGAAAUACGGCCCAGACGACAUCAAGAACGAAAUUACAGAAGAACUAUUAGACUUAAUGGUUCAAAUGGUACAGUCUAAGUACGGACAGCAUGCGGUCAAACGUAUACUCAAGUACGGUACAGAGUUUAUAAGACAUGAAGUAUUGAAGAAGUUUUUCGGCCACAUCGUGUCGAUAGCUACUCAUGCAAUUAGUGCUCCAGUGUUGGAUUACGCUUACGGAGAGUUUGCUACCAAGAAGGAGAAAUGCCAUAUGCAGCAGGAGUUUUAUGGAGAUAUUUAUAAGAAUACAAAAGAUGACAAAGUGAAGACAAUCAGUGACACAUAUAAGGACAGCCCUGAGAUGAAGACUGCUAUACUACAGGCCUGUAAAGCCAACAUACAGAAAAUUCUGGACAAAAACUUACAUGAUGGAGAAUUAUUCCACUCAAUCCUAUACGACUACAUACGCGAGUGCAGCACUGAAGACCGCGUGGAGUUGAUAUCGACGCUCAGCCCUCUCAUAGUGCCGCUCAGCAACUCGCUGCCGGGCGCCAAUGCCGCGUCUAUCUGUGUGUGGCAGGGCACUAAUAAGGAUAAGAAGACUAUCCUGAAAGUAGUGAAGGAGCACGCAGUACCUCUCAGCAAGCACAAGACUGGCUACCGCCUACUUAUCGCCAUAUUUGACUCUGUUGACGACACAGUCCUCGUGAAGAAAGCUAUUGUUUCUACUUUGGCUAGUAACUUGAAAGACAUUGCUAAGGACCACUGGGGUAAUAUGACAUUACACUGGCUGGUAAAACCCAAAGACUCAGGGGCAUUCCACCCCAGUUUCAUAAAGUUCCUUGAAGAGGGCGCCAAAAGCGGGACCUCCAAGAAAGAUGCAGAGCUCCGAGUGUCGGAGCUCAGGGAGGCAAUCCUGCCUGCUUUGAAAAAGGAUAUAGAAGAGGAUCCCGAGUUCUGGCUCAGUAGUAAAACUAAUAUGCUUUUGGCAGUAGCUGUGCUGUCGAUAGAGUCAAGUAAGGAGAUCCUAGAAGCUUUAGCUAAGGUUAUUUGCAAACCUGAUUGGCGCAUCACCGCAGACGGCAAGGAUUCACUGGCGGUAGAGGACGCUGGCAUUCACAUGUGCCUCAAGAAACUGGCAACACUGGAUAAGGACAAGGAUGGCAAUACUUUGGGCGAAGCUAUCUCUGAACACUUGGAGGAUGAAACUAUUAAGCUAUGGCUGCCUACCAAUAGAGGUUGCUUCUUCCUCCUCAAGUUAAUCGAAAGCAAUAAUGCCGCCACUGCUAGUGCUUUGAAAAAGAAAAUUAAACCCCACAUCAAUAUCCUGAAACAACAGUCUUCAGAAGGUGCAAAACAUCUGUUACAAAAUGUACAGAAGAAAUAAAUGAAAUUUUUUUAGCA